AUGUCAAAUUUACCGUCUCACGCCUCACCAACUUUUGCGGCGCAACCCGCUUCUUCCAAUACCAUUGAGCAGCUCUCGCUGGGGUCGGAUCAGAUUGCCUUCAAUAGUCGGAUAGAUGAGCUCCGUGGCGAUGCGGUCAGUGUGACCGACAGUGACCGAGGAGAUGUGACCCCCGCCGUGCCAGCCUCUCUUCUUUCCCCGUCCUUUACCCCGCCAGCAACCCCAGGUGGAACAUUUAAUCCGGCACAAUUGCUCCAACAAGCACAGCAACCUACCAGUUCAAAGCCGCCGAAACUCCUCUCGCGCCUCCCCGAUGUCGAGUGCAUUGUCCGUGCCCGCAUCCCGACGACCACGGGCGCGGAGAUGUUUCUCCACCUCUACCACAACGACCUGGAUAACAAAGAACAUUUGGCAAUUGUCUUUGGCAACACAAUUCGCAGCCGGAGCUUGGACAAGGUGCGACCUGGAGAGACCGAAAUGGAUCGCAUGAUUCGUGGUGCUUAUGUUGGCAAACUUCACCCUGGCCGGGUUAGCAGUUGGUAUGAGGAAGGGAACGCCGAGGGAGCGAAAGACACGCAAAAUGCAGAUGAAAGUACCCCGAGUCAAGCGCCACUCGUGCGAAUCCAUUCGGAAUGCUAUACUGGGGAGACCGCUUGGUCUGCACGCUGCGACUGCGGUGAACAGCUUGACGAGGCAGCGAGAUUGAUGUCAUUCCCCAUGGAAACUUUGUCAGAACUCGCGUCGCAGCAGUCAGUGCCCGUCGCUUCGAACGCUUCUGGUGGUGUGAUCGUCUACCUCCGGCAAGAAGGACGAGGGAUUGGUCUCGGAGAAAAGCUCAAAGCGUACAACUUGCAGGAUCUCGGAUCAGAUACCGUCGAAGCCAAUCUGCUGUUGCGACACCCUGCCGAUGCUCGAAGCUACGGAUUGGCUACAGCCAUCCUUGUCGAUCUUGGCCUGGGAGAAGAUGCCAAUCCCCACGGUAUCCGACUCCUCACGAACAAUCCUGAUAAGGUGCGCGCAGUUGAGGGUCCCAACCGCGAGGUCGUUGUUAAGGAGCGCGUGCCGAUGAUCCCCUUGGCAUGGAGAUCGGGCGGGAAGGCCGGCAUUACGAGUACAGAGGUAGAGGGAUAUCUUAGGACAAAGAUUUCAAAAAUGGGACACAUGAUUCAGUAG